CAAUAGAAAGGUUAACAUUAUUUUAAAAAAUAUCUGUCUCAGAUGUUACAAAUAAAAUGUAAACAAACUUUCCACACAGUUGUAACAGAUCACUGGCGAGACGGGAACGGACGGGGAUUAUUCUGUGGUUUCCUCUGGUGUAAGAAUCAGAGCACAUGUUAACGGGUGAGCGUUGAGUAGCAGCAGCUGGUGUAAAAAUACAGCAUAUUAUUCUUGCUAACAGUCAUUUCCUUUACCGCUCAAAGGAAACAGCUUGUUUCAGGAAACUGAGUGAGUCGUCUUUUGCAAAUGAAAUUGCAACAUCAUGUCAGCGGAUCACGGCACAAUAACAUCCAUGGACGUGGACGUAGCUUUCGUCAAAUCCAAGAGGGGAAUCCUGAAGGUGGCAGAGAUGGAUCCAGACCAGAGUACAUUACAGCCUCAGUGAUGGAGUUCCUCAUCACUUCAUUGCUGCUGUCGUUGUACCUGUUCAAACUCAACAAGAGGCUGACUUUCUUCUUUUGGCCGCUGGUGGAUAUGGUCAAUUCAGUCUUGGCAGCGGUCUUCUUCACUGUCCUGAGCCUGGUGGCUUUGAUCACAUACCACGUCACAGGCACACUGGUCGGAGGGAUAGUUACUUUCAUGUCAGCUGCUCUUCUCUGUGUGGACAGCUACACGCUGUUCAGGAGCAUCACAUUCAACAAGCGGAGAGGUGAAAGCCAGAGUCAAGGGAGUGGCGCCGUCAAUGGGGGCGCCGCGGACCACCCAUGACAUCACAGGCCCCCCAAGUGGCCCCCCCUGGAGAGUUGGCAGCUUGUAUUCUGCUUUUAUCUGUUAUUUGGCAUUGGAUAAAUCAUAUUUUACAUUGGGUACAUUAUAUUUUACAUUAGGUACUAUCAAUUUAAAUCAAUAAAGUAUACUUUUAUAAUAGUUAAAUAGUAUAACUGGGUUUAAGUGUCACAGGUUUGAAGGGGCAUGACCCAAAUGAAGGUAUGAAGGAAAAAAUAGUAUUUAAUAACUAAGGUAACAAAGAGCAGACUUUAAUAAACAAAAUCCAACUCUCCAAACCUCAAAUCCAAAACUCCAAAAUAUACUACAACGGCAUAAUAGAAUUCUUGAAAUUCAGUUGUAGCUUUUGGUUUUGGUGACGAAUGAAUAAAUCAAUUACACAAAUGAAUACAGUGUGUGUUUAAAAAAAAGAAAAAACUCCCACCCACUUAUUACGGCAUGUUAUGAAUAGUUGUACUGUGAUGCUGUUCUGUACAUUAUAUUUCAAAGGAUUCGCCCACUUUGUUUCAUCAUAUUUAAGAUUCUCGCUGUGGUUUUCGAACAAAUAUUCAGUGAUUUAUUUGGACGAUGUUUUGAUUUUCAACCUUGAAUAAACAAGAAAUAUUAAAAAACAAAA